CGUGUUCGUCAAGCUGAACUUAUCAGACGUCAACAAGAGCAAGAACGACUGAAACGCACUGAAGAGGCGCGUAAAAGGGAACUUGAAGAGGCUAGACAGCGAGCAGACGAGAACAAGGUCCUUCGUGAGAUGGAAUUCAUGGCCGAUUCUUUUCAUCGUAGUAAUGUCACUUCACGAACCUUCAAUGUCUGGUUUGGUCUAUUUAGGUGGAUACAGCACAAUCACCAACAGGUUAAAACUACCCAGACCACCCAAAUACUUAAUAUCUACUUCCAGAAAUGGGAACAUGCCCUAUCUAAACGUGUCAUUCUCGCGAAUCAUGUUGCCAUAUCUCAGGAUAAAAUGAGAACCAUGAGUACUACUCUCAGUAAAUGGAGAGCGCACUUGAAGCACAGAGCAAGACAUCGGAAGGAAGCGAGACUACGAUCGACGUUCUCGGCAAUCCGCAAAAACAUCGCAAAGAGAUUGAUACAAGAAUCUUGGCAAACAUGGAGAGACUUGACAAUGACACGGCGAGCAGACUUGACAUACUCGUACAACUUAAUGAGUGUAGCUUUUGGGACAUGGAAAAAGCGCACUAUUGGGUUUCUUGCACUCGACAGUGUCGUUAUUGAAUUUGCUACGACGGUAAAUGAGAGACGUGCCGCUACGAUGUUCCGCCAUUGGAAACAACAGAAAGAACUCCAAACAAGAGAGAGAGGAUUUCAGCAAGAUCGCACCGCUGUGAUAAUACGCAAAACAUUCGAAACCUGGAAAUACAAAAAUGAUACUAAUAAAGCAGCAAUCGCUUUGCGCAAUGCAUCCUCCAUACGUAAUGCUUUCUACGGAUGGCAACGAAAGCUUUACAGAAUACAAAAAUAUACCGCAAUUUCAGACGCUUUUAUAGAAGAUAGUAACAAUAGAUUGAAACAGCAAACAAUAUACCAAUGGCAGUUAUCCAUGAAGUGUUUUAACUUCCAACUCGGACAUAUGCGUACACUCAGUCAAGCAGUCUUGCAGUACUGGUAUCAAAAGGUCUCCUACAUACAGAAGCUCAAUUUGAAAGCGGAUACGCUGCAUUUCGACAAGAUUAGAACACUCGGUGUGUCACUUUUUGAUAAGUGGAAAGUCAGAACAGCCGAGUUGAAAGAGAAAAGCAGGUUAGCUCAAGAAUAUUCUGAUCUAAGUGUACAACAAAACGCUUUAAAGGUCUGGAUGAAGGCUUACAGAAACAAGCGUUUGCUUAAUAGACGUGGUCACGUUCUUAGACGGAUGAUACAGAAGAAGAACUCAUUCCAUACUUGGAGAUUUGCACUCAGUAGAAAGAGACAGAAUGCACUUAUCAAAAAGCACGAGCUUGAUAUUUUGCAGAAUACUUGGACUGUCUGGAGGGCCAAAUUUAACGUUUUAUGUGACCUUAGAGUUCGCGAGAAUGCCUUUAAGGCAGAGCAUAUUCACAAGUCAAUGACAUCUGUCGUCCUCCAACAGUGGUUACAUAAGACAAUUGAGCGUAAAGAUCUUAUCUACUCUGCAGACAUAAUUAGCAAGCAGAAAACGAAAAGAUCGGUUGUCCAGAACUGGCGUUCAAAGGUUAAUACUCUCAGGGAUUUGGAGAGUUUGGCAGUGUCACACGAGGGAGCAACGAAAAAGAAAUUGCAAGCCGAAUUGUUCAGCAAAUGGCUAAAACAAACGCGCGCAACUGUAGUACGCAACAGGAAGUGCGAGGAGUUUGUCAAGCGGAGAGAACAAACGAUCCUCUUUACAGCCUUUGAAGAUUGGUUCGAUCAGAUAAAGAUAAUCGAGUUAGAACCCGUUGAAACAGAGAUGCUAAUCCUGCGUCGCGAGCGUAUGCUCAGGAUGGCAUUCGAGAGAUGGAAAGAAACUGCCACUGCCUUGCCAGCUGUACAGCUCUAUAAUCGACGUUUAAAGGAACGUACUUUGGAUAUGUGGAAAUCUCAACUGCCCUGCGCUCGUAACACUCGCUUAGCAGUGCAGAUAUACAGGCGAGAUUGUCUAGUGAGGUGGUUACACUCAUGGCGCGAUGCACUGCAAAUAAAGAGAUCUCGCAGAGCUAUCGCGCGUGCUCGCGCACUCGGCAAGCGUCCGUCUGCAUCUCGACUCAAAGCCAGAGAGGGAUCGACGCCCUCCCCAGAUCCGUUUGCAAUGCAUGCAUCUCGCAAACCAUUCGCG